AUGGCUCCUGAGCUGAGAAAACGCAAGGCGCCGGCUCCUGCUCCAGUGGCAGAGCCAAAGGCGAAGAGAGGAACCAAGGCCGGCGCCAAAGCUGAGCCCAAGAAGGCCGCGCCCAAGGAGAAGAAGGCCGCCGCCGCCGCCGCCGCCGCUGCUGCUGCUCCUGCUGAGUCUGAGAAGGCCGACAAGAAGGAAGAGAAGAAGGAAGAGGAAACCGAGGAGAAGAAGGAGGAGGAGGAGGAAAAGAAAGAGGACAAAGGUGAAGAAGCUGAGGAGAAAGCUGCCAGCCGUGUCCCUGAAGAAGGCGACGUCCUCGACCUCAGCCAGUUCGAGGUUGAGAUCGAGCUCAAUGACGGCACAAAGACAUCCUUCAGAAAGCUGCUGGAGGAGAGCAAAGAGGGCGUCGUCGUGUUUACCUACCCCAAGGCCUCGACUCCUGGCUGCACCAGACAGGCAUGCGCCUUUAGAGACGACUACGCCAACCUGACCUCGACUGGACUCUCGAUCUUCGGACUCUCUGGCGACUCUCCCAAGGCCAACACGACGUUCCAGACCAAGCAGAAGCUGCCUUACCCGCUUCUGUGUGAUCCAUUCUUCAAGCUCAUCGGCGCUUUUGGCCUGAAGAAGACCCCCAAAGGCACCGUCCGCGGCGUGUUUGCCGUCAACAAGGAAGGAAAAGAUCUCUCUCGCUCUCUUCCUGUUCUCUGUGUGUGUUGUUCUUCUCUUUAUCUUACAAUGGAUGCUCCGUACUCUCUCGAAGAAGAUCAAGUUAGCAAAAAGGAAAAGGAAAAGGAAAAGGAAGAAGAAGAAGAAGAAGAAGAAGAAGAAGAAUCCUGGAGCCUUGAGCAGUCGUGUAUCUCUGUGGCUGGUGCAAAAAGGGCGCUCGCUUCCGCGCAUCUAUAUAAACCAGUGGUCGACCGCGAUCCUCCCAGCGCAAACCUCCAGGCUGCUCCGACAGGAAGACGGCGCCAUGAAUGUGAUAAAGCUCCAAAGUUCCAGCAGAACGAGAUCUUUACCCUCCAAGAUGCCUUCCACAAGCUAGACGUAGACGACAAGGGCUACCUCGACGAAGCUGAGACAAUCAAAGCGACCCAGGCCUCAGAGAGACUGCCGUACGAUGUCGUCCGGCAGACAUUGAAGGAGGUCGAGCUGGAUAGCUCUCGCCGGGUUGAGUUCGAGGAUUACGUUGACUUGAUAGCAAAACUGCGAAGCGGUGGCCAACCCGCCAGUGCCGCACCCCCCGUUCCCUCCAAACCCUCGUCGCAUGUCUCCGGCGGCCAUGGACAUGCCUCCAAGGGAAGCAUCAGCGGAAAGAUCCACGUUCAGGGCUCGUCUGCGAACGUCACACAUACCAUCAACGAAGAUGAGAGAACCGAGUUCACCAGACACAUCAACGCCGUGCUUGCCGGCGACCCGGAUAUCGGCCACAUGCUCCCCUUCCCAACGGACACCUUUGAGAUGUUCGAUAAGUGCAAGGAUGGUUUGGUGCUGGCAAAGCUUAUCAACGACAGUGUGCCCGAUACUAUUGACGAGCGAGUGUUGAACAGACCUGGCACACGAAUAAAGCAGCUUAAUGCGUUUCAUAUGACCGAGAACAAUAACAUCGUUAUCAACUCAGCAAAGGGCAUUGGAUGUUCGGUUGUCAAUAUUGGAAGCGGAGAUAUCAUUGAGGUCCGAGAACAUCUUAUUCUCGGUCUUAUCUGGCAGGUUAUUCGUCGUGGUUUGCUCGGCAAGAUUGAUAUAAAGCUUCACCCCGAGCUGUACAGAUUACUGGAAGAUGACGAGACAUUGGACGAGUUCCUUCGUCUGCCUCCUGAGCAGAUCUUGUUGCGCUGGUUCAACUAUCACCUGAAGAAUGCCAAAUGGCACAGAACAGUAUCAAACUUCUCUACUGAUGUUAAAGAUGGAGAGAACUAUACCAUCCUGCUGAACCAGCUGGCCCCUGAUAUCUGCUCACGGAAGCCCCUCGAGACCCGUGACCUGCUGCAGCGUGCCGAACAGGUCUUAGACAACGCUGAUUUGCUAGAAUGCCGCAAGUUCCUGACACCAUCCUCGCUUGUGGCCGGAAACCCUAAGCUUAACCUUGCCUUCGUUGCCAAUCUGUUCAAUACUCACCCCGGACUGGAGCCCAUUACAGAAGAGGACAAGCUCGAGGUGGAAGACUUUGACGCCGAAGGAGAGCGUGAAGCUCGUGUAUUUACUCUCUGGCUGAACUCUCUUGACGUCCAGCCAGCCGUCAAUUCGCUCUUCAACGACCUAAGGGAUGGAACCAUUAUCCUCCAGGCUUACGACAAGGUCAUCCCGAACAGCGUUAAUUGGCGGCACGUUAACAAGCCUCCCGCGUCGGGCGGUGAGCUGAUGCGGUUCAAAGCCGUGGAGAACACCAACUACGUAAUUGAGAUCGGGAAACAAAACCGCUUCUCCCUCGUGGGCAUUCAGGGGGCUGACAUCACGGAUGGCCAACGCACCCUCACUCUCGGCCUAGUCUGGCAGCUGAUGAGAAAGGACAUUACCAACACAUUGUCCUCCCUCGCUGAGCGACUAGGCAAGCGUGAAAUCACCGACAAUGAAAUGAUUCGAUGGGCCAACGACAUGUCUCGCAAGGGCGGAAAGAGCUCAAGCAUCCGCAGUUUCAAGGACCAGUCUAUCGCCACCGGUAUCUUCCUGCUCGAUAUCCUCAACGGAAUGAAGAGCAGCUAUGUCGACUAUGACCUUGUCACCCCCGGACGAACAGACGAGGAGUGCUAUGCUAACGCAAAGCUUGCCAUCAGUAUUGCCAGAAAGAUGGGGGCCACGAUAUGGUUGGUUCCUGAGGAUAUCUGCCAGGUCCGCUCCAGACUUGUCACCACAUUUAUCGUCAAUGUCGAACGCCAGGUGGAGCAUGAAAAGGAAGAGUGCGGAAUUGAAACCAUAUCUGGGCGUCACGAGGAAGCUGACUGUUUUUGUUUCCAAACACUGAUAUCAUAA